GUUAGAAUCACAUGAUCAUACUUUCCUUGAAAUUAUUAAUGCUCGUUAUGGAAAACCUGCUCAUAUCGUGUUCUUGUGCUUUGGGUUAGCUACAAACAUGAUCGUAACUGCUAUGUUGUUACUUGGUGGUUCCGCUGUGGUUAAUGCUCUUACUGGCGUCAAUACUAUUGCUUCUUGUUUCUUGCUUCCAGUCGGUGUGCUUAUUUACACCUUAUUUGGUGGUACCAAAGCGACUUUCUUAACAGAUUAUGUUCAUACCACCGUAAUUUUUAUCGUCCUUCUUUCCUUCGUAUUCACCGUCUAUUGUACUUCCUCUCAAAUUGGUUCUCCUGAUAAAAUGUACGAUCUUCUCGAUGCUGCUGCUAAAAGA